UAUCUCAAAAUGGCGGACGUCGAUGAUCGAGGUUCAGUUGGCGGCGAAGAAGAAGGCAAAGAUCUCUGGUCGUCGAUUUUGAGUGACGUUUCAAGUUCAGCUAGUCGAAAAUUACCCUCCAAUAAGGCGAUUGUACUGUUAGGCAACGAUGGCUCUGGGAAAACGACGCUGAUAUCAAAGCUCAGAGGGAAAGAAGAUGAAAUCAGCAAAGGUCACGGACUGGAAUACACAUAUUUGGAUGUUCACGAUGAAGAGAGAGAUGACAGUACAAGAUUAGGGGUUUGGAUAUUGGACGGCGAUCCUCUUCACAAAGGUCUUCUGCAAUUCGCCAUCACACCAAAAAGUGUUACCAACACUCUUGUCGUUCAAGUUGUAGACAUCUCUAGACCAUGGACAAUUAUGGAAUCUUUGCAUUCGUGGACAGAGGUUCUUCGGGAGCACAUUCAUUCACUUAAACUACCGCCGAAGGAAUUAAACGAAAUGGAGGAACGAAUCGUGCGGCAAUUUCAAGAAUAUACAGAACCAGAUGAGUCAACAGAGGAUAGAAGAAGAUCAGGAAUAAAAGAUGAAGACAAGGUUCUUCUCCCGCUUGAUGAAAAUGUACUCACAGAUAAUCUUGGUCUAACUAUGGUUGUUGUCAUGACUAAGACUGACUGCAUGUCUGCUCUUGAAAAAGACAGAGAUUACAGAGACGAGCAUUUUGACUUUAUUCAACAACACAUCAGAAGGCACUGCUUAAAAUAUGGUGCUACAUUGUUUUACACCUCUGUCAAAGAAAAUAAGAACUGCACAUUAUUAUACAGAUACUUAGUCCAUCAAAUAUAUGGCUUGCCAUUCAAUAGCCCAGCCUUGGUUGUGGACAAGGAUUCGGUAUUUAUUCCAGCAGGUUGGGACUCUGUAAAGAAAAUAAACAUUCUGAGUGAACACUUGAAAAAUAUCCAGGCUGAGGAUGCGUUUGAUGAUCACAUUGUCAAACCACAACUGAGAAAGCCGAUACAAGACAAAGAAAUUACCGCCGAGGACGAGCAAACAUUCCUUGCAAAACAACAGCAAUUGCUGCAAAAGAUGCCUGCUACUGUGUCAUCUGGUAUAGCCAGACCACAACCGGACAUAUCUAAGCCCCGUGCUCCAGCGAGCCCUAGUGGCAGGAUAAGUUCAGACAGAAGGCCUUCAGCUGGAGGAAUAUCUGCUUCACCCAGAGGACCCAAGGUCGAAGGUGGAAAACCAGGUGCAGGUGCGGGAACCAGUGAAGGAGUACUGGCCAAUUUCUUCAACUCGUUACUCAACAAGAAGAGCGGAACUGGUGCAGCCAUGGGACGGGGCGGAACAGCUGUCAGAAGUGAUGCCGCUGCCGAGUUAGAUCGCAUGAAUAGAGCAAAGAAAAUGGUCUCCCAGGGAAACACGGCCAACGACUCAACAGAAUCAUCGUAGGUGUAGCAAUUCGUUUAAUAACUGGUAGAGGAUGUACAACAGACUUUUAUGACGCGCACUGGAAUCAAGAGCGCUCAUGAAAUUUAUUUUGUAUAAAGCUAGGCUAUUAUAAUUUGGUCAGGAUAUGAUAGUGUGGAGAAAAGAAAAGUAGAAAGGUGUACAUUGUAUUCGAUACAAAGAUAUGUGGAGAACUUUUAAAACACAAGGGAAGCCAUGUAUUGGGCCCAAAAUCUGUUUUUAAAUGGUAAAAUCAGAAAGUGGAAAGUAACUGCUUAGCUACCCAGUGAAAACAGGGUUUGUUGUCAAUAGAAAAGAGAUGAACGGCAAAUGGAAAUGCAGUGCGGCAUUCUGAGGAACAAAAUUAUUGUUUUCUCUUGGUCUAGACUUUACAAAUAUGUUGUUGAUCUUCGAAGGCGUCAGACUCUUCCUACUUGGGGUCGUUUUUGGAAAGUCGAAUCCAGAAAAAUUCUGGUGGUUUUAAAAUCGAAAAAUGUGGAGAACGUGAAAUAUGAAUUAAUAAGUCGAUGGAAGUUUCUCAUAGCCUUUUUUCCCAUCAGAGUGACAAAUUAUCACCCUUAAACUUUCGUUAAUUACGGUUUUGGAUACUUUUCCAAGGCAGCUGUCAGCAGUAGGUGUGUACACAACAAAAAGAGUUUCAAGAAAGUAUUUCUAAUUUGGCGUGCGUUCACAAGAAGGUGAGCAUGUUCAGAAACGUGAGUAACUAUCAGCUAUCAGCUGAUUGACCUUUUAUUUUGUGGAUGGUUGUUAGAGAUAAGAACUCUUCUCUCGCAAGUCCAUUUAACGUAUAGUUAGUUGGAUAAAUUAGGAUGCUGGCUUCAACAUUCAUUGUUCCACGCCUAAAAGUGGGCCGAGGGCCGAGAGAGAAAAAACUCGAGAGAGAGGGAGUGGCGACAUAGGAGAGCUACCGGACGAGUUCUGCUGGUAUAGCAGACCUUGCCAUGUUCGCCUAUUGGUUAAUUUUUUCAAGUAGCGUCAUCACGUUGCCAAGAGAGUCGUUCAAUUCAUCUACUGAAGUGAUAAGCGCCCUCCUCGUGCGCUUAAUCGAGUUGCUAAGGAAUAACCAAAUCCCCGCCUGUUUUUUCGCUCGUCUCCGCUGAUCAAGAACGUGUGACAGGUGCAUUGUAAAUGUUAACGUCAUGAGAAACUUCACGAAAAAAUCCGCUCAAAUCUUUAUUGUAAAUUAUUCUUUGAUAUUUUUUAUUCCGCAACAAGGAAACAAAGUAGGAUGAUGAUUUUGUAGUAAGUCGCAAGGAACUCACCAACCGGACUUGUGCCUCGCAUUUCAAGAACCUAAAUUUAUCGCUUUUCAUAGCGAGCAAUGACAAGUAAUUUUUUGCUCUUCCAUUGUUGCAAUAAUUCAAAAUCUAUUUUCUAACUUGAACUCCUUGUGUUUGUAGUUAUAAAGCUGUUUCUUACUUAAUGUUUAUUUGUCAGAAGUUCAAAAUGAAAUGGCAGUUAACCUGUUUCUAUCCUCUAACAGCUGUCCCUAACUUCUUUGCGGGAACGAUAGUUAUUGUCUUGUCUAUGUAAUACGUAAAAAACACAUAAAAAGUUUUGUCGUGGGGCUGUCUAUGAAUUCGUUUUGUGGCGACCAACACCACUGGAAUAAGGCCAGAUUUUUCCAGAAUUAUUUUUUUUCUGCUAUUCUCUUUUAGAUAUUAGAAAACCAUCACUAUCUCAAUAAGUUUUUUUUUUUUGAGUUUUUUCGUUGGAAUUUGCAUCGCUGAAAUGUCUUGUAUGGAGGAAUGUUGACAUUCGCGUUGACGGUUAAUAUGGUUGAGGGUCUUUGAUAAAAUUACUGGUGAGACUGGGGGCGAAUGUAAGUUUCUAACUGUUUACCUUUAGCCUGUAGAGUUGUUCUGACGAAAAUCUUCCCGGGAUGACAUCGCUUAUUUGGUUUUACCAUCGCGUGAGGGCAGCCUCAUUUGAGUGUUGAAAAACCAAAACCAAGAUACGCUGUAAUCCCAGACCAAACAAAACAAUGGAUGACAUUAUCAAUAGCCAAUGAAAACUCAAAGUGAACGUAGGCAACCGUGUGAAGGGCGGGAAGAUGCGAAUGACCAAGUUGAGAUUGUUUUUGGUUUGCAUCUGAUUGGUUUAGAAUAUGGCACGAGAUUUCUGGACAAAUCUCAGAGUAAAGUUGAACAAACCAGAGCAAUCUGGAAUUAUUUUCGACACUCAGAUGACAAUUCCACCAAUUUUUCAUCCAUUUGCAGAUCAUUUUGUUGUCAAUUUUUGGAGUUGAGAACGUGGUUUUUACGACUCGUCAGAUUUAAAGCUAUUUAAUACGGUACUUUCCAUUCAUGUUGCAAUUUUAUUUAUAUAAUUUCCAGGUAAUUUUGAUAGUGGUGUUGGUCGUCAUACUUCCUUAAGUAAACAAAUGGCAAAGAACCUAGCUUCCUAAGUUUGUACUCAAAUUCUGUCAUUUCGUGGCUCGAAAUUACUUCUGGACAACUUUCCGUUACAUUUUUUAUCUAAAAAAGGAAACUUUUUUGAAGUUGUUUUCCUGAGUACAGUUGUCAUUCUACUGGUGAAUGUUUGGUGGGCUAUUUAUUGUGCUGUCUGUGAACAGUGUCUGUUAAAUCUAUCCCAAAGUAAAUACAAGAUAAAAGCUGUAAGAGUAUCCAUAAUAAACCCUGUUAAACGUA